AUGAUCACGGUUCGGCCGUUUACUAAAAGCAUCAAUGGAGGGGAGAAACGAGAAGGGAAUAGAAGAAAAGAAAAAAGUAUUGAAAGCCAACUGGGACAAAAAACAAUGUCACACCAGCCGGCCGACCAGGCAGCACAGAUCGGAAAUUAUCAGCAAGGGAUACCAGCGAUGCAACAACCGAAAGUGUGGCUUUUCCCUUCUGGGCCAGUAGGCAUCAUGCUGAAACUGGCCCAGAGCAGCAGCUAUCCCCAGGGCAGUAGGUCCCUCUACAGUGGCCAUGAUACCUUCACCCGUUGCUAUUGGACGUACUUCUGGCUAUCUUUCUUGGGAAAAAACGAGGCCUACGCCCCCAACGCCACGGUAUUCUCGGUGGCCCUGCGCUGCGGCUAUUCUACCGAUUCGAUUGCUGGAUGA